GCCCACUCCGCUAAUGACCUCUGUGACAGAUCUGUGAGUUGUUACACUGAAAUGCAGCUCGAUCCGUGAAGUUGCCAGGAUGGCAGCAGACGUCCACAAUAAAGGAGUGACCUGGGACACUAUGAACGGCAGCUUAGCACCAGUGGACCGCCUUCGCAGUGACCGCUCAGAGAGUCCGACACCUGGGCUGGUGGAGGGGACAGAGCCAGGUGCCGGUCAGGAGCACGCUCAGCACAUGUUCGUCCACUCUCAGUCUUUCGAGGAUCUGACCGCCGACAGUGAGAGUAACCCAGACUCUGAGCUAACAGGGAGCAGCCACUCUGCUUUGGGGGAGUCGGAGGAAGGAGAGGCGAAGGAGGAGGAGGAGCAAAGAGGAGGCGCAGACGCUGAAGAGGAGCAGAAGGAGCCGAAGGAGGAGAAGCAGGAGGUUCAGAGUGGCGUCCGGCUGAAGGAGGAGGACGUUACGAGCGAAGCGUGGCGGAGUCACAGGAAGCACGUGUUCGUUCUGAGCGAAGCAGGAAAACCAAUCUACACGCGUUACGGCACCGAGGAGGCUCUGUCCACCACCAUGGGGGUCAUGAUGGCCCUCGUGUCCUUCGUGGAGGCCGAGAAGAACAUCAUUCGCUCCAUUCACGCAGACGGGUGUCGCGUGGUCUUCCUCCACAAGAGCCCGCUGGUCCUGGUGGGCGUGUCCCAGUCAAGCCAGUCAGACCGCGAGCUGUCCCGCGAGCUUCAGUACGUCUACUAUCAGAUCGUGAGCCUGCUGACGCUGACGCAGCUCAACCACGUCUUCCAGCACAAGCAGAACUACGACCUGCGGCGGCUGCUGGCCGGCUCCGAGCACCUGACCGACAGCCUGCUGCGGCUGCUGGACCGUGACCCGGGGCUGCUCCUGAACGCCGUCAUGAGCCUCCCGCUGGCCAGCUCGGCCAGGGAUGUGGUCUCCGCCAGCCUACAGGCAGCCAAGGCCAAGAGCCUGGUCUUCUCCAUCCUGCUGGCCGGCAAUCGCCUGGUCACUCUGGUCAGGAAAAAGGACCAGUACCUCCAUCACAUGGACCUGCAUCUGCUCUUCAACCUGGUGGGCUCGUCCUCAUCCUUCAGGGAAGGCGAGGGCUGGACCCCCAUCUGUCUCCCCAAGUUCAACACGGCAGGCUUUUUCCACGCCCACAUCUCCUACCUGGAGCCCAAGUCUGACCUCUGUCUGAUCUUGGUGUCCACGGACCGCGAGGACUUCUUUAACCUGUCCGACUGCAAGCGCCGCUUUCUGGAGCGGCUGCGCAAACGCAGUGCUUAUCAGGCCCUGCAGGAGGCGCUGCGGACACCCACCUACCCCGUCUCGCAGGUGGGCAUCCCUGAGCUCUGGCAUUUUGUUUACAAGUCCAAAAGCUCAGGACUCUACACCAGCCCGGAGCUGCCUGUGCCGUACCAAAGGGAGGAGGAGCAUGAGAGGCUGAUAGGACUGUACCGUUACCUCCACAGCUGCCUCCACCACCCAACCCGCCCCCUCCGCUCAGUCUACCGUUGCGGAGACACAGAGAACCUGUUCGCCUGGGCCACCAGCGGCUUCGAGCUCUACCUCUGUUUCAGCCCUCUGGGUACGAAAGCACUGGCCAUGUCCGCCGUCACCAAACUGCUGAAGUGGAUCAGAAAAGAAGAGGACCGUCUGUUCAUUCUAAACCCUCUAACGUACUGACCUGGCAGUGGGCAAACCUUUUGGGGACGAGAGAAGAUUGCAGGAAGAUUUCCUGAUCAUGGUCAAAGCCCUAACCCAAUGAAACUGUGCUGAACCCUGCUGAGUGGACCAUCCUGACCAGCACAAACAGCAGCAAAAUCACCUGGUUAUUUCCGAACCCCCUACAAACCUACCCAGUUUGUACUGGACUGGCCAGAGUUCCCAGAGCAAAGCUGCAGGAUUGGCUGAAAAACACUAACAAAUGCCAUUAAAGGAGCUACAUGUAGGAGUCAAAUCAAAAAACUUGUGAUUGCUUUUUAUUUUUGAUGCCAUUUUAAAAAACCAGGCCUUUACAUUGUGACAACAUUUCAGGAUGACUGGACCAGCAGAAAGAACUAAAUACUGUGGAACUAAUGUAUCAGAGUGAUGCACUGAAGUGUAGUCCCAUAUAAAGACCCUUAGGACUAGUUUGUAAGCCUAGACCAAAAAGAAUUUCUAACAGUAAUUCUUCAUCAGCACUGAACUUGAUUGACUUCACCCAUGUUAUGGACUACAGCAUUUGAAAUGCAGAUUUUCUGAAGUAUUGUCCAUAAUUAGGCUAAAUCCCAAUUCGUGGAAUGAGCCUAUAGAGUUUAAGAGGUUAAUAUCUUGUUUGUAAGUGUUGACCAAUGUGUCUAGUCAUUCCUACAGUGGCUUUUGUUUUUUUAAAAACUGAAUUCCACUGAUUUUUUAAAAGUUGUGCAUAUUUCAUUGGUUGAGAUGUAAACAAAGUCAUUCAGAGUGGUUUGAUGUGAAAUUAUUCAUCAUAGAGAAACUAUGAAGCUGUCUCAGAUUUCUUUACAGUGGUGAUGAUAGGAACCAGGGGUCAUUCUGUCUACAACACAAAUAUAGCCAUUUUAAUUACUAUCCAAAGCCACCAGUGAACCUGCACUUGUCUUCUGAGUUUAUAUGUAAUGAUGAUAAUGGUAGAAUAGUGGUAAACAAUACAUUUUCUUUUGGAACUAUUUUGCCUUAUAACACUUCUCCACCAUGAAUGGCUCUUAAAAACACAUUUCUGGCCAUAAUCGUCUCCAAAGCAUAGAAAAACAAUGUGUUUACCUGCACUUAAUAAUCCGAUAACUGCAGAAAGUCAGAUUUUGUCAGUAAUCUGAUUAACGCGUUCACAUGCACUUGAGUAAUCAGAUAAUGUGAAAACUCCAGGUCUACAUGAGUCAGACAGUAAUCAGAUUUCUGCUUUGCAAUCAGCCAAUAA